AUGAUGCGACACCUUUGCCCUUGGGCGACCAAGCCCACCACCAGCACCAUCCGGCAACUCUCAUCACCACUCUCCCCAGCGCGCCACCAUCCUCACAAGCCCCUGAACAUCCCGCAACGGCAACACCACCACCACCACCACCGCCCCUACUCCAACUUCGCGCCCCAGCAACCCAUCACCUACCGCAUCCCACCACCACCCCACCGAUCCAGAUGGAGCCGCCUCUGCGACAUGGCCAUCGGCUCCUUUCUCACCAUCAGCGCGUACCUCGCGCUCCAGCACUACGAGCUGCGUCGCUACCAGCGCGCGCUCAUGGAGGCGGAGCGCGAGGUGCGCGAGGUGCUGGAGCUGCACGACCACUUCGCGGGGCUGAUCGCCGAGGCGCGGGAACGCGGCGAUAGUGAUGAUGUGCUGCGCGAGCUGCUGUUUGAGCAGCAGCGGUUGGUCAACGCCAAGAUGUCUCAGCGCGGCGGCGGCGACGGGGAUCUGGAAGUUGAUAUUGAGGAGGGUCCGCUAUUGGGGUUCCCGGCGGGACAUGAGCUAGCUGGGCGCGAGCGGGUGCGGGUGCGCGAUACGCUUGUGUUCUUUGAGAGGCCCGACGGGGAUGGGGAGGAGUACGACGACGAGUAUGAUGAGGAGGAUGGACCCUGGCCGGCCCACGCCUGCAUCGCCGUCAAUGCCGACUCGGACGGCUUCGUCGGCGCCGGCGAUGGCGGCAGCAGCAGCAACAACAACAAAUUGAAGCGCCCUCGGACGCUAGACGUCGACAACGAGGACCUAGACCCGGGCGCGUCGAAGCUGCACGAGGUACUGUGGCGUUUCCGGGAGCAGGCGGCGGUCUGGGAGAGGGAGGGCAGGCUGGAUAGGGGGCAGGAGGUCGUGGUGGUGAUUGCGCUGCGCGACGACUCGCUGGCUUUUGUGUAUGGCAGAAAUGAGAGGCUGGACGGGUUUGUGGGGACUACGAGCUUGAUUCCUAGUUGGACACGAUAG